CACAACAACCUGCACUCCAGGGUCGGAGAGGAAUCGCCAGCGUGGUUGGGAAUGUUUUCAUACGCAUGCACAUGCUGAAUAACGGAUUUAUCAGACGGGAGCUCGUGCGAAGGAAAAAAAAGGCGGACAGAGAGAGAGAGAGAGAGAGAGAGAGAGAGAGAGAGAAACAAUAAUAAUAAUAAUAAUAAUAAUAAUAACGGAGACCUGUACCGAAAACGUUGCUCGCUCUCUCUCGCUCACGCACACACACGCACACACACACACGCGCGCCCGCGCAAAAUCCUUCAAGAGAUGAGCGCGAGGCUUUUUUUGAAUCCUUGCGCGAGCGCGUCGCUGUCGGCGCAAUCCGACGGCCGUUGGGGAAUUUAAACUGUAACGGAAAAAAAUACGUUUUUCUUUUCUUUUUAAACAUACAUGUAUAUAUUUGACUAUUGUUUUUCUUAAGCUUGGCGACCAUAAAACACACAGAAGGACUACGGAGAAACGCUGUGUGUGUGUGUGUGUGUCAUCAUGAAAAUACGCCUCUACAGUGAAAGUUUGCCCUCACCUGCCGAACAAGCAGCUUGUUGUGACUCCUCAGAGCUUAUUUUUGUCCCCUAUCUGAACUGAUAUAAAGAACUGGAACCGGAAGUUUUCACGAUGAAGAGGAGGCAGAAGCGCGUGCUGCAGAUGGCGUUUUUAUUCACCCUGGCUCUCAUUUUCUUGCCCAACGUGGGUCUGUGGUCGCUGUACAGAGAGAAACACCUGAUGAAGGCGCACGACGGAGACGUGCAGGGAUUUGCGCUCGGACUGAGUGAUGGACAUGUUUACAGCUGGACAGACGGCUUGAGGAGAAGAGACUGGCACGACAACGAGAGCAUAAGGAGAGACGAGAUGCGUAUUGGGAAAGGAGAGCAGGGGAAGCCGUACCCGCUUGCAGAGGACGAGUGUGACGAUUCAGUGUACAAAGAGAACGGCUUUAAUAUCUACGUGAGCAACAACAUCGCACUGGAUCGCUCGCUGCCCGACAUCAGACACCCCAACUGUAAGCAGAAGCUGUACCUGGAGAAUCUCCCCAACACCAGUAUCAUCAUCCCGUUCCAUAACGAGGGCUGGAGUUCUCUCCUCCGCACCAUCCACAGCAUCGUAAACCGAACUCCUGAUCACCUGAUUGCCGAGAUCGUUCUGGUGGAUGACUACAGCGAUCGAGAGCACCUGGGUGUUCGUCUGGAGGAGUACAUGUCCAGGUUUCGGAAGGUGCGGAUAGUGCGCACUAAGAAGCGCGAGGGUUUGAUACGCACGCGCCUCCUGGGAGCGUCCGUGGCGAAAGGGGAAGUCCUCACCUUCUUAGACUCGCACUGCGAAGCCAACGUCAACUGGCUGCCUCCUCUGCUCGACCAGAUAGCCCAGAACCCCAAGACCAUCGUGUGUCCCAUGAUUGACGUCAUCGACCACAACCACUUCGGAUACGAGGCUCAAGCUGGGGAUGCUAUGCGAGGAGCUUUUGAUUGGGAGAUGUACUACAAACGCAUUCCUAUCCCUCCUGAGCUCCAGGGACCUGACCCCAGCGACCCUUACGAGUCUCCAGUGAUGGCCGGAGGUCUGUUUGCCGUGAACCGUCUGUGGUUCUGGGAGCUGGGAGGCUACGAUACGGGCCUGGAGAUCUGGGGAGGAGAGCAGUACGAGAUUUCUUUCAAGGUGUGGAUGUGUGGAGGCAGUAUGUAUGACGUGCCGUGCUCCAGAGUGGGCCACAUCUACAGGAAGUACGUCCCCUACAAAGUGCCCUCAGGAACGAGCCUGGCCCGAAAUCUGAAGCGAGUAGCAGAGACAUGGAUGGAUGAGUACACAGAGUACAUCUACCAGCGGCGGCCGGAGUACCGGCACCUCUCCACGGGAGACCUGACCGCUCAGAAGGAGCUGCGCAAACACCUCAAGUGUAAAGACUUCAAAUGGUACAUGAGCACAGUGGCCUGGGACCUUCCCAAAUACUACCCUCCUGUAGAGCCCUUACCCGCUGCCUGGGGAGAGAUCCGCAACGCAGCGUCAGGGUUGUGUAUUGACUCCAAACACGGCUCGACAGGAACAGAGCUCCGUCUGGACAGCUGCCUGAAAGAGGGAGCCGAGAGAACCUGGGCACACGAACAGAUCUUCACCUUUGGCUGGAGGGAGGACAUCAGGCCCGGGGACCCUCUACACACCAGGAAGUUGUGUUUCGACGCCAUCUCUCAAAGCAGCCCUGUCACUCUGUACGACUGCCACGGCAUGAAGGGCAACCAGCACUGGAGCUACCGCAGGGAUAAGUCUCUUUACCACCCAGUGAGCAGCGGAUGCAUGGACUGCAGCCCCUCCGAUAAGCGGAUUUUCAUGAACAAGUGCAAUCCCGAGUCGGCGACGCAGCAGUGGCUCUUCCAGAGAGUCAACAUCACCAUCCUGGACAAAUUCAACAGCGCCAUCGCUUCCUAGGACCCUCGGAAACGCAGCCAGCCAGUGGACUGGCUCCCAGAAUCCUUAGCGAGGGGGGUAGAUUUACUUAGUGUCUGAGUGUGCUCCCCCCCCUACCUCCUCCCCCUCCUCCCAAAUGCCCACAAGUGCAGGAGCAGACGAGGAAGGGGCGGCUCGUGAGCGAGGGAAUUGGGAUGGGGCCGAAGACUGGAAGACUGAUGCGACACUCAGAUGGCUUGCAGGUCAAGGAGAACCUGUGCACAGCCAAUCUCUCUCACGCUCUCUCUCUCUCUCUCUCUCUGUUUCUCUCUCUCGUUCUUUUUUCAGCUUGGCCCCAGUCAUUUCUAACACACCGAACAACAGUGCUCUGUUUAAAUAUCGUUCCUCCUCACUCUAUCCAUAUCGCAUGGUGGAUUUGUACUAUACCGGAGACCGGAAGUGACGUUUUAGCAUCUCUAUGUGGUUCCGAGGAGGUUUUGUUCGAACUGUAUAUUUAUUUCUAUUUAUUUGUUCGUAUUUUUUGCGAAGAUAAGUUAUUCUGUGUGUAAUUGACUUUGUUUCACCUCUACCAAGGUUAAGGCUAGAAAUCAGAUUCGCCCCACGGAGUUGGAGAUGACAGGAUUAAAUGUUUUCCUUUACCCCCCCCAGAGAAUCAUUACCCCUUCCUGCCCCAGUUCCUACCAUCUAAAUUCUAAAUAAAGCAAAAAAAAAAAAAAAAAAAAAAUGAGUACGAAUGUGCGUAGUUAUAGACUCAUUUACUCAGAAACCUGUAUUCUCUUUAUUAUACAUCCAAACGGUUUGAGAUGGGUCGUAAUAUUUUGCUGUAUGUCGAUACAUGUAAUGACAUUAGAGGUGAGUUUAAAACAAACAAAAAAAACAAUAGAGAUCACAAUUAAUCCUUGCCAGUUGAUUGAGAUUAUUUUUUGUACUGGACCUUGCAUGUGUUUAUGCAAAUGAGGCUUCGUCUAAUUAAAUAUGCAUACAUUUGCAUACUAAACGAGACCAAAUCAGAUGUUGUUAGAAUUAAUUCGUUAAUAUUGUUAUUAUUUAUUUCACUGUGAAGCCUUUACGUAAUAGCUUGUUGGAAUAUCAUUUCUUAUAUAUCGUUUAAUCGGAAAAAUACAAACCUUGCACUGUUGAGCAAAAUGUUAGGAUUCUGUUUUUCAGUAUAAAAUCGAAUCAGUGGGCAACAAUUUUGGGAAAUUGCUCUGUAAUGUCCUUUUAGUUAGGGAUAGGAAUGCAGCUCAGGAAUGUAGCUCAUGUACAAUGUGUGAUUUUUGCUCUCUACUCUUAGUGUUUUUUCUAUAAGUAAAGAUGUGUCUCCCCCUGCUGGUCAUAUAGGCACAGUACACCUCAGACUCAUUUGUUUCCUGCACAGGUAGGUGCUCUGGGUGCAUACUUUCCUCUCUUUUUUUUUAUCCAUCAAAUAUAUGUAUUAAAACGUUGUGUUGUGAGCUGUUUUGAUUAAGGACUCAGAUGAUGAUCGUAGGAGUCAAUCUAGACGCAUACAGAGCCGUGCCUCAUGGUGCGAUAGACACCACCUGUAUUUACACAUUCAUCUCCUAAACACACAGCAGGUGUCAAGUAAAAGCCAUGAAAGCUGCUCGGGAGUCUGGAUCUGAUUCAGGUGUUCAGUGUGGGUGCUCUGACUGACAAAUCCUUCUAUUCUGAGGAAGGAAAACAUCAACAGGACCAAGUGUGUAAUUCCACCAUGUGUUCCAACUCUACAUCCUUUCAUAGCCAUGGAUUUUUUUAUUUUAUUUUUUUUGUCUUAAAGAAACAUUGCAGUGUGUUUUGAUGGAUUUUUGUGCCUUUUCUAUGUCCCUGUUCUGACAAAAGAACAAAUAAUGCUCGUUACUAUACGUCCUCUAAACCCUGGUUAACUGCCUUGGGAUGGUGAAAAUCAUUUGUGUGUGUGCAUGCAUUCUGAGACCUUCCACAAAGUCACCUAAGGAAGAAUGAUGCAGUGUUCGCAAUAAACGCCGCCGUCAUAAAGCCA